GUUACAGUGUAUGAAUAAGCGCGCACUGUUUAACAUUUGCGUAAUUUCAUUCACAAGUUGUUUGUGUAGCAUGUCAAAAAGCCUACUCUACUAACCUGUAGUUUCGUUUGUCAAAUCCUUUUAAUCUCACCUUCGCGGUACUGGUGAUUUUUUUGAUUACUCUGACUAAUAAACACGUACAUAAUGUGUACCUACUGAAUCGUCCGUUCACGGGUACUUUUUACUUGACCAGAUUACGCUACUCUAUACAAUUUCCCAACAUACUUUCAGGCUUCAAACAAGUUCCCAGAUACUCAAAUCACAUUGUAAGAUUUACUCAAGGCGAUUAUAGUCAUCUGUUCGCGUUGCAUAUCAUACUUAUAAUUGUGUCAUAUCAACAUAAAUUGAUAUUGAGUUAAAAAUGGCAAGUGGCAUGAUAACCUUAAUAGCGGAAAAUCAAAGUUUUCUAGUACCUCGUGAUGUAUUAACUAAAUCUAGUCUAUAUUUUUAUGCUGCUUUUGAGAGCGGGAUGACUGAAAGCAAAACCAGACAGUUCAGUUUUCCUAAUUUCACUGCUCACCAACUAGCUAUGGUAGUUCAGUUUCUGCGACCUGAAUUAACUAUUCGGGAUGAUGCUUUAAACAACCAUAGCAGUGGAUUAAAUAACUCUUGUCCAGAAACGCUGAAAAUUUUAGAAGCUUUGGAUUUGGCUGAUGCAGCAGAUUACUUUCAAAUGCCCAAACUUAUUCAAACUUGUAUUCAGAGAAUAUCCCAUAUCAUGAACGAGUUAUUUCAACCGAAAUCCAUUCAACUUCAUGAAUCACAUAGCUGCGAUAUAUUCUCAAUAAUAUUAAAAGAGUUUGCGAAAGUGUCCCACUGUGAAAAUGGUUGUGUUAGCAAACUUUUUUCUGAAUACGCCAUAAAAUACCCUCAUUUUAUCCUCAGACCAUGUCUUUCAGAUUCAAACUUACAGCAUCUUAUUAAUUUGGCUAUAAGUUAUUUGUCGAAAAGUGUCAUAUGCAUACCAGACGAAGAUAUAAUUUUAAAUAUUGUUCUUAGCUGGUUACAGAUAUUGAAACCAACUGAGUUUUAUACAGAAAACACUGUUCAAUGCUUUUUGCAAUGCGUUCGUCCUGGCCUUCUUUCGCUAGAUGGUCAAGAAAAGUUAUUAGAUUAUUGGCGCAACCAACAUCCUGAGUUGAAGUGGUUUGGGAAGCUGACAUGUGAAGAUAUGGAGGUAUUUUUUAAAAGUAUUCCGAAUGGGGGAAUCUUCUGCAAGUCUCCGUUAGCUUCUCAACUCCAGCUUUUGCUAUUAAAGCCUAGAGCCGAAUCUCUGUGUUUACUUGGGUUAGCUCCAAGUCGUUCUAGCAACUCAUUAGAAUUUUGGCUUUUCAACCUUCACAAUGGAGCUUAUCAUAACUAUCCAAUACCUGAUAAUUGUCUACGGGAACUCGAUCUGGACUCCUCUGGUGUUGGCGACAUAGAUCAUCGCAUUUAUUUCUGUCCAGUAACGUACGGAUCCGCUUCUUAUCAAAGUAAUUUGUUUGUUAUGUGUUUUGAUCCAAACAAUGCAACAUUAAAUGGCUUUGCUUGGUGUUUAGCUUCUUGUCGUGCGAAACUCAUCCCUCGUUUGCUUCUUUCUCCCACGAACAACAGAAAUGGUAGUAUCAAUUCCUUCUGCUUCCGAUCUAGACGAAUAGGUGUAACUACGUUGUCCAGUGGUCUUUACAUGUAUUAUCUUUCUUCUAUACAAGAGGUCGCAUGGUUGUGUGCAUUUCGAUUUGAUCUAAGCACUUGGAACUGGUAUGGGAUGGAACCUUAUUGUUUAUCUAGGAACCAGAAUGGGAUGAUUUUAUUUACACCAAUCGAACAGUUGAAUUCUAUCCCACCCGACGACUGGGUAUAUGCUAAUAUUGAGACAGUUUCGUCGAAUAAUUCCAGACACCCACGUCACGGGCUUCAUCAAACAUCAGCACUUCGGUCACAGUUCUUUCGAUUUCGUCCGCGACCUGAUGGAGAUGCAUUAUUUGUAGAGAAUCUGCCUAAUCCACCUUUCCUCAUCAGAAUGUACCGUUUGCUAGCUAUCAGUUGCUCUCUGCAAGGUAACUUUAGUGAUAAGACUUAUUUGUUUCCUAUGGGGACUUGCUCUCGUGAUUUGGAAGCUACACACUAUUGUUUUGAUACGUUUUCCUGCCAAUGGCUUCGAUGGAAACCGGUUCAGACGUCAGAUAUCGAUGAGUUAAAUUCCAUUAGACAAUAUUCUUGUGAAGAUACUGAGCUAACGUUUAAUCUAUGUCCUAAAAUUCUUGGUUUUCGUGGUCUUGUUUGUGCUACACACCUUUUGAAUAGAUUGGAUGAAAACAAGUUAUCAUUGUCUCGAGAAGCUUACAUUCAGAACCCUGAUGGUGUUAAAUUAAACGAUCAUCCACUUUCCUCAUCUGUAAAUGAUUCAAGCUUAAAUUCUACAAAUAAAAAUAGAUUAGCAACAUUGUUGGUUUUAGCUGGUAGACCGGAUCAAACUAAACAUGUGACAUCUGGGAUAUGGUUUCAUCAUCCUCAGGCUUGUAAUAGUUCGGACGAAACAAUUGCAUUAUUCAAUUCUCAAAAACCAAACUAUUUUCUACCAACUGCAAUCGCUCAAACCCUGGGACAGUACCUUUCCCCAACAGCAGUUGUAUUGGCUAACUGGACACAUAUUGUACAAUCUGUAAAUCCCAUCACUUUUUUAAGUAAUUAUUCUAAACAAGAAAACCGUGAACUAAACAAAUUUUCAUAUAUUUACGGAAACUUUCCUGAAAGCUCCAACUGGUCAUGGGAUAGUGACUAAACAAUAGAUUUUUCUUGCGAUAAAAGAUAAGUUAGUCCAUAAUUGCAUUUUUUGAAAUUGUAUAUUGGUUAGUGCAAUAUGCAAAGGAAAUCGUUGUAUCAUAUAUCACUUCAUUAGAUCCACUAAUUCCUCUUUUUCACAGUUAUGCCCACUGUUGCAUUUAUUUUGUACUUCCAAGAGUUAACUUUUAUAUAUUUUAAUGUGCGUUAAGUUGAUUGUUUAUAUUUUGUGCAAGUGCCUUUAUUUCUAGAUUUAAAAUUCUCAGUCAGUAUUCUUGUAAUAUCUUAUUUUAUUUAUCUCCCAUUUAAUAUUACCCAUAUGUAAAAUGUAUUUUGUGUCCUACACGAUAUAUUUUUCAUUAUCCAUACCUCAUUUAAGUAGAAACGUUUGAUUGUACAGCCCACUUAUUUGCUUUAUCAGCUGUAGUUAUUUUCUUAAUAGAUUUUAAUUUCACCUUAAUUUAAAAAACAGUUUCAGAACCAUUGAGUUGUAAUAUAUUUGCCUAACCGAUCGACAUAGUUAUGACAAUAGCAUUAAGAGCUUCCAUAAUAUGAAAUGUCAGUGUUCUCACUCCAAACUUUAAGUUUUCGCUUUAAAUUUUUAUCAUCAGGCGCCUUCAUCUAUGAAUAUAAACUUGAGAAACUUACUGUGACAAAUAACAUACUCUAAACUGUCUGGUUAUAUUCGUUUUCCUUUAUGAUGUUUAGUGUACGAUUACAUGCUAAUUACGUU